CUAAUAACGCGGCUCUAUUUCAACAAACGCCUCUUUAGUAGUUAUCAGGCGAUCCGGAAACCCGGAACCCGGGUACAUACUUCGUAUUCGCCGCGCAUUUGUUUUUUUUUGAGGAAUAAUAUCCCUCUCCGGCCCGUUUCGGGCAGCCGAAAGCAU